ACUAGAAGAGAAAUCUUCUUCUCGAAUCCCACUCUACUGAAACUGAAAUUCGCCCAACCAAAAGAAAAGCUGCUCUCCGGAGAAAAACUGAGUCCAAAAAAAGAAAACAAACAAAAUAACUAAACAAUUUCUCACAUCUCCUCCUUUGUCUCUCUCUCUAAAUCUAAGGAAAAUUGUGUUGAAAUUCUGUGAAUAGCGCAAUGCCUUGGGAUGGUAAUGAAGUGAUUGUAUCAUCCGAUUCUUCGGAUGGUUGGGAGUCGGAUACAGAUGUUAAAGAAGUAUCCAGUGAUGUGAAACCAGCCGUCAUACCUGCAGCAGUUAUUGAGCUAGACAAAGAACUUACUCCUCAAGAUAUAAUUAGCAGAAGAGCAGAAAUGUAUCAAGAAUACAUGAAGCAAAUUCCUGUUCCUUCUCUACAUGGGUCUGCAGUUCCAUUCAACACGUGGCAGGAACUAGCCAGAUCACUCAAGUCGUUAUACAAGCAACCCUUGCAUUAUCUGACUAAUAUCUGCUUAAAACAGUGGGAUAAAGCGAGGAUUGGCACUAACAAUGAGUACCUACCUCUUGAUGGAGUCAUUCACCCUCGUAAAGCCGAAGCAACUAUCUGGCUUAUGGAAGAAGUCCACAGACUUGCUUCAUCUCAUCAUCAUCUAGCUAACCUCUGGCUUUUAGACCCCAUGCACCAGGCUUUUGUUGAUCCUGUUUUCAAACAAAUUUGAAUCUGCAACUCUCAAAGCUGCUUAGUGCACAGCCUUAAAGGUCAUUGUUCUUUCUAGCAGAAGAAAUGGAAGAGAUAAAUGUGUAACCUUGUGUGAACCCCAUUGUUGUCCUGAUCUACGCAUGGAAAUGCUAGUUUCUGCAAAUUUUUGGUGAUCAAAACUCAAAGAAACCGUGUGGGUUCAUAGAUUUUGGAUGAUAUGGUUGCCAUCUUCUGCGAGGGUACAACGAAAGAUGGAAGACCAUGGGCAACCCACUAACAUUGGUUUGAUAUGCUAGUUAUU